AUGAUCCCCGAUCUCCUCUUGGCCCUCCUGGGCGUUCCCGGGGACGUCUUCAUCGCGACCGACGCCCCCGAACGCGCGCCCUCUCUCGCGGUCGCCGAGGAAUUAAACUUUUUCAUCAAACCACACGAACGCGAGCGGUUGAAUAAUCUCAUCCGCAUCGGUGCGUCGUACGGCGCGCUCGAGCGAGUGACGCGAAGCGAGCGCGAAUCCGUGAUCGACCACGAUGGAUUGGACGUCAAGAGCGGGUCGCUGUACAGACGGGCGCUGGCGAGCGGGGUGGAUGAGAUAUUGGACGCGUACGAGGCGAAGAUUUUAAAACUCGAGCAAGACGCGCUGCGGAGGAGAGGCGACGCCGGGACGCUGAGCUCGAUCGAGAGCGAGUUGAGCGAAGAACGAGCGGUGAUACCGGCCUUGAUGGAGUUGUUCGGGGAGGUGCUCGAUGGUGCGCGAGGGGUGUCGGGGGCGGAGGUGUUGAGAAGGGCGCGAGACGCGUGGCUGCGAGCGGGACAUCCGGCGACGCGGGCGGCGUGCGAGCGGUUGUAUUGGCGAGCGACGCAGGUGAUGAUGCAGCAGUUGUUGGGGUGGUGCGCGCACGGGACGAUCGUCGAUCCGUGCGAUGAGUUCUUCGUGCGGACGAUCGACCGCUGUGAGGGGUUGAGGACGAAGGAGGACGACGGCGGCGGAAUUUGGCACGAGAGUCAUCGCGUGGCGCUGGAGCGGUUACCGCCCGGCAUCGAGCUCUCCACAGCGGAGGCGGUGUCGUUCAUUGGACGAGGAGUUCGCAUCUUGACGCGUUCGAUCAAUCAGCGGACGCCCAGCUUCAGUUUCGAUGCGGAAGCGUACGCCGCACGGGCGACGGCGCGCAUCCGAAAGUUGGCGUCGGCGGAGUCUUUCGAUCCUCGUGAAUUCGACGCCGUCGUGGAGUCGAUGCGCUCGGAGAUCGCGGAGGGUCUAGGUGAGGUGCUGCUACAUAGGUCCGGACUGGUCGCGCACCUCACCGCCAUGACGGAGUUUUACUUUCUGGGUAAAGGGGAUUUUUACUCGAUAUUUGUUGACGAAGCCAAGGAGCUGUUGGCGCUGCCUCCAAAGCUUGGCAACGCCACGCGCGAGCUCGCGACGCCGUUCGCGCAAUCGGCGGUGACGGCGAUGCCGAGCAACAUAGCAAUUUAUUCCACCUUCAAACUGGUGUAUAGCUCCGCGCUUACGAGAUCGGAGGAAAACGCAGCAGAGCGGCCGACGACUCCGUCGACAGCCUUUCUUCCUCGUGUUCAUGUGCCAGAGUAUGACGCGUGGGAUGGGAUCGACCUCGAGUGUUCGAUCCCGUGGCCGAUGGGCAUAUUCUUCACCGCGGACACGCAAGAGCGAUACAAGACCAUUUUCAAGUACCUCUUCCGUCUGAAGCGAGUGCAGUUCGAUUUACAAGAGACGUGGGUUCGAUUACGCCGAAGCGGUUUGAUAAAGACACUUCGGCUUCGUCACCUGAUGCAACAGUUGAUUGAAAAUUGGCGCACGUACAUGCAAGUCGACGUCAUCGAGACUGAAUUUGAAAAAAUGCUUGAAAAAAUCGCCCAGACGAAAGAUUUCAACACGUGCUCGCUGGCACACAGGCAGUAUCUUGCUGUCGUCAUGGCGCACUCGUUCCUGGAUGUCGGCUCAAUCAUGACUAUUUUUGAGGACAUCUUCAGCCUCGUGCGCGAGCUUUGCGAGGCGAGCGUGCGUUACGCCGAUGGUCAAGGAUUACCCGCAGAUUGGGACGAGCGCCUGGACUAUCUCACUCGACAGUUCGGUAAAAAUAGUCUCGAACUGUUUGAUAAUCUGAGAUCGGGGUACAUCGUCGAGCUUCCCAGCUUGCGCGCGUUCCUCACGCGGUUCAACUUUAACGAGUUCUUUGAAACUGCAGCGACGUCUGGGGUGAACUUGCAGUUCGAAGAUCUUAGCGUCUGA